AUGUUUAUCAAACAUAUACUAAGUACUGAUUCCGAUGCGAUUAUUCUAGGGUUGUAUGGGGUAUUUGCCAUAUAUCAUGGACUUAACAGAGGAAGAAUAUAUCAACCUCGCCAUAAAGUAAAGGACCUUUUAAAUAGUUAUCUCCCCCACACUAGACCAGCGUAUCAGGCAGGAUCUAUUAUACAAAGUAAUCCUAUUCACUACCAUAAUAGCAUGAUACCACUACAUAGAUUUGUGUAUACACAUACAUUAAUCUUUCUUCUCGGGACCAUGGGACCAACCCGGUCAUUUACUACGAACGUAAACUCCCAAUUUGUAUAUGCGGAGUCGGUCUUUGGUGCCGCCCUCAUUUCUAUAGGUCAUUGUCAUAGGUCCUGA